CUCUGAAGAAGAAGACUUCCGGUGGUGUGUCAUGGCGGUGGCAUGGUGAAGCCUAAACAGAAAAGGGAAAAAUUACUCGCCCCCUUUUCGUCCUUUUUCCCCCACAUACGACACGGGGACAGCUUUUUCAUUCAUAAAUAAAAGCCCGUGAGGACCGGCCCCGUAGCUUUGGAUCUAUUUUAGCCGUUACCGGCCAUGGCGGCUCACAAACCAGUGGAGUGGGUCCAGGCCGUGAUUACUAGAUUUGAUGAGCAGCUUCCCAUUAAAGCUACCCACCAGAACACUCACACCAAAGUGAGCACGGAGCACAACAAGGAAUGUCUGAUCAACAUCUCCAAGUACAAGUUCUCCCUCGUCAUCAGUGGCCUCACCACCAUCCUCAAGAACGUCAACAACAUGCGGAUCUUCGGGGAAGCUUCUGAGAAGAACCUCUACCUCUCCCAGCUCAUCAUCCUGGACACUCUGGACAAGUGCCUGGCUGGGCAAUCCAAGGACUGCCUGCGUCUGGAUGAGACCAUGCUGGUGAAACAGCUGCUGCCGGAGAUCUGUCAUUUCAUCCACACGUACCGUGAGGGCCACCAGCAUGCCGCCGAGCUCCGGGCCUCGGCCUCCGCCGUCCUCUUCUCUCUGAGCUGCAACAACUUCAACGCCGUCUUCAGCCGCAUCUCCACCAGGCUGCAGGAGCUGACGGUUUGCUCCGAGGACAACGUGGACGUCCACGACAUUGAGCUGAUGCAGUACAUCAACGUGGACUGCUCCAAGCUCAAGAGGCUGCUACAAGAAACUGUGUUAAAGUUCAGAGCUCUGAAGAAGCCGGCCCAGCUCGCCGUCAUCAACAGUCUGGAAAAGGUACCUCCACCAUCAUGUUUGAUACUUGACUUUUGAAUCAUUCACACCAAACGCGGCGCAAAUUGUUAGCUGCUACAAUGUUAGCAUAUAGCGUAGCCCCGAUCGAUUCUUUUAAAAGUUAUUUGCUUGUCGUCUUGCGGAGAAAACAAACAAAACAUGAAUUCAGACUUUUUACAAACCGG